AUGAGAACAAAAUUUGUGCUAAAAGGUGGCAGCAGAAGGAGGGUUGACAAUGUGUUGUGGGUUAAAAAACAGAAUGCCACGAACAGUGACAAAAGAAAGAAUUUUGUGUUAAUCCAGUGUGGAGUUAACAAAGACGAAAACAGAAUAAGCUAUACAAGUAAUAAUUUACCAAGUAAUAAAAGCGUUCAGGAAAUAAAACACCUGAGUAACCUCCAAAAGAAUGUCAUUUAUCUGCUAGAACGGAACAAUAACAUCCUAGUACAUGCCAAAACGUCCAGCGGAAAAACAACCAUCUGCCUACUUUACCUCAUUUUGAAAUUCUAUUAUAAGUCUGAAUUUGUGUUCGACGAAGAUAUGGAAAGGGACAAGUAUUUGAAGAGUGAUGAAUACUUAAAUAGCUACAAGAAAAUGCUUCUUCUAAAUGAAAAAAGGCACAAGCUGUACAGGAAUAAACUCAAGUACACCCCGUUUAGUGAAAAAUAUGCUCAAAUAUGUGACAUCCGGGAGGACACAGAUUUGUUGAUGGAGGAAAGGGCCAGAAAUGUCUUAAAAAAAGGGGAAAAAAUUCUGAUCCUUUGCCCGUCUAAGGAACUUUGUGUACAAAUUUCGCAGAAUGUUCUGUCUUUGAUGAAUGGCAAGGACGACGGGGCAAUUCGCCUCUUCAUAGAUAAGGAUGGAAUGGAGGAUGAUAAUCGGUCGAGGUGUUUUUCAGCUCCCAGCUUAUCAAAUGAUGAAGAAGCGGAAGGAACAAGUGCAGACAUAGGCGGGGUGUCCACAUUACCCAAAUGUGGCAAGAUGAAUGACUCAACCAAAAGAGCUACCAAUUUAAGGGAUCACCUGUUCCUCAUAGGAACUCCUAUGUGUUUUAAAACCUUCCUUCUAAGCUUAUCAAAGGAGAACUUGAAAUCCUUUUUGCAAAGCAUAAAGUAUGUAUUCUUCGACGAAAUAGAUAGGAUGUUCCCUUCUAUGAAAACGAGAAAAUCACGAGGAAUGAAAAACAGUACAAAGAAAAAAACGGCCUAUUUUAUCCUAGAAACGAUUAUGUAUAUGAAUAAGAAGAACCUCGUUUUUGUGGGUUGCUCUAGUACCCUAAAUAGGGAACUGCAUAGGAGAAUAUUCAAGCUUUUGGCCUUGAACAGGAAUAACGCCAGGAAGAAAAUAUACCUACUACGGGAGAGUAAUAGCACUUCGAGUGAAGAUACUCGUGGUGGAGCUGUGAGCCAUGUGGAUAUGAUACAUCCGGAUAGUCCUUACUUGCGGGACUCCAUUGAUGAGCCUCCAACAAUUGAUCCAAACCAAGAUCGAGGGGAUCCCCUUGGGGAUCAAAAAAUCGUGACUACUUCUUACCAAGAAAAGGAAAACACACACAUUGAUGAUUACAACGAUGAGGAUGAGCGGGCAUGUCUAUUCUCCCAGAAUGGUGAGGAUACGCCCCUGCAAAAGUACGUAAUCAAAGUGAGGCUGCCGAAAAAUAUACACCACUUUUACAGCGUAGUGAACGACCAGCUGUACAAGAGCAAAAUUGAAGAGGCAUACAAAAUCAUAAAACAUUUUAAAAAUAGAAAAGUACUAAUUCUAGUUAAAAAUGGAUGCUCCCUAAUAAACUUAAAGAGGUACCUAUCCGACAGGAACAUUUUUUCUGUAUUGCUACAUGAAGAAUUGCAAAUAUCGCUCACGGGAAAUAACAACCACCUGGAUAAUAUGUGUCAACAGUAUGCACAUAUAAAAGAUUUAAAGGAGGAAACAGUUCUACAAAGUGAGGAAGAGACAAAGAAAAAAUAUAUAAAUAAGUACCCUGUUAUUAUAAGCUCCUUUGACAGCAUUCGAGGUUUUCACAUUAAUAAUUUAGAAUUUGUUUUAUUGUGCAGUAGGCCGAAAAAUAUAAAUGAGUAUAUCCACCUGAGCGGUAGGGUUGGAAGGAGGAACAACGUCGGUUAUUCCAUUCUGUUGGAAGAUGAAAGAAAUGUCAAUAUUGUAACAAAUUGGUUAACGAAAAUACAGGUGCGUUUUUUCAAAUUGGCACUAAAUGGGGAUACCUCAACAGACGCGGCGAGCACUGAUUACUCUGAACAAGCUGAGAAGAGUGAGCAAACUGGACCAACGACCGACACAGAUUACGGAAAAGACAAUUUAAACUACAUCACAUCGUGCAUAAUGGAUGAACUGAAUGAGGAUAUUCCGUGA